UCUUUCUUUAGCCUUUUGUUUAAACUUUGUGUGGCCUUUGUGUAGUCUUUGUGUAGCUUUUGUUUUUAAGUAGAUCUUGGCUGAGGACCCAUCAAAAACACCUUGUGUAAUGAAAACCCCGGAUAUAUAAUCUCUCCCUAUAUAUUCUGCAUGCAUUGAGUGGCCUCAACAGCCCCCAGGGACCUGGUGCAGACGUGGAACGUGUUUCACAUAACAACUGCUACUUCAAGGAAAAAAAGCAGCAAAUGAUACCAAGACAAGCUCAUAAGAGAGAUCUAAUCACCAGAUGUGUACGGAUGAAAAUACAGCGAGAUGAGUCAGAAAACGAGUAAGGAGGGCCCCAGACUCUCCAAGAACCAGAAGUUUUCCGAGCACUUCAGCAUACAUUGCUGCCCGCCAUUCACCUUCCUCAACUCCAAGCGUGAGAUUGUGGACCGGAAAUACAGCAUCUGUAAGAGUGGCUGCUUCUACCAGAAAAAAGAGGAGGACUGGAUCUGCUGUGCCUGCCAGAAGACCAGAUUGAAAAGGAAGACCAAGACGACCCCAAAGAAGAAGUGACCAAAGAGGAUUUUCAAGUGAAUGGAUGGCCUCAGCUCCUGG